AAUGAAACAAUCACAGUAGUUAUCACUUUUAACUAAACUGUUACUGUAAACUUAAGAAAUAUGUUAAAAAUAUAUGUUUUUCUGUGUCUUAUUGGAUUUGUUCUCGCGGAUUCAAAUGACGAGGGGCAAAUACAUUUUACGAUCGGUCAUUAUCAGUCGGAAACUGGUCAUACUUACCUCACUUGUGAGGUAGAAAAAAAGGAAUAUACUGUCCACGAAGGGGAACAAUACAAAAUUGUUGUAAACUAUUGGAAUCAUUUUAAAAAUAAACCAUAUUUUGUCAACGAUGUUACAUGUGAAAACAAAAAUAAACCAGGAAUAGUUUUGGCUAAAAAAGUCAAUAAGUCAAUAUCAACUUUUACAGCUCAAACAUGGAUGCGUGAUAAUUGGAACUGCACAGUAUUCACCCAUAAAAAUAUCGAACAAUUUUUACCUCGUGUAAAGCAUCCAAUAUACACUAAUGAUACAUUUGCUGGGGCCUAUUGUUCUAUGAAAAUCAACGUCGCACGUCGUGAAAGCCCGCCACAAACGAUCCUCGUCAACAACAUGGUUUUGCCAAUACGUUUUAAUCAUCGAUCUAAAGUAAGCUACCUCUGGACAGCCAAGUAUCGCUACGGGGACGGUGACCUCGUCAACGCAACAUGCGCCAACUUUCAGAAUACGGACAGUGUUACGAUAAGCUACUUCUUUGCUGAUAACCUCAGUGAUCUUUUCAACAGUUCAGAAGAAACGAAAAGUGUAGCUGCAGGUUUCAUUACAGAAAUGCAUGACGAACACAACGGUUCUGUGAUGACAUGUUCGUGUAAAGGUCAAGGUGAUCAUACGCUUGUUGUUGUCAUGGUCACGUUCAUCUUAGGCAAUUUCAAAUAUAAUAAUCAAAUGACAGUCAAAAUUAACGGGAAGUAUCUAAGAUAUUAUGUAGCUGAUAACAAUUCUUUUUCUGAAAUAGAAUAUAAAUCCACGAGGGGUGAAUUCAUAACAGUUGUAUGUGAAAAAAAAGACCCGAAUACAGUAUUGCAAAUUCUGGAAGCGAAAAAUCUUAGCGGAGCCACUCAAAAAAAUUCGUCGAUGACGUCGACAAUAUUAUUUGAGAGCAGCGAAAAUGUUGGUAAAAAGUUCAGAUGCGGCCUAGACUCGGAGAACAAGGGACAAAUUGUGUUAAUAGAAAUUAAGUUUUCUAUUGGAGAAUUGAAAAUAAGUGCAGAUCUUCACCCUAUAGAUGUGCAAUUAGAACCGAAAAGCAUAGCCCUGGAGCUUUAUUACUACAGAAAACUUAGGGUUAUUUACUACGAUUUUGAAGUAGGCCAAACCUUAAAUGUUGUCUGCAAGAAGCUUUUCGAGAAAAACGUUCCAAUCAUGAAAUUAAAGUUAGAGUAUCCAGCUGAAAAUAUAGAUAAACUGUAUCCUCAAGAAGCAAGGAACAUUUCACAUUCAUUCGAAUUAAAUGAAAAGAAUGAAGCUACAAAAAUCUCUUGUCAAUUGAGAGAAAUGGCGGGAAACGAUGAAUCUAAAUUAAUCAGAGAAAUCCGAGUUAUUCUUCGGGAGAAACAAAUAACCACUACUUCUACUACGACUACCACCACUUCUAUGCCGGAAGUGGUAUCCUCAUCUUCACCCGACCUUCAGCCAAUCACAGCGGUUGAUCCACCGCUUAUAUACAAAAUUGUUGCUGUGGUUGUAAGCGUGGUUUCAAUCAUUAUUUGCGUUACCACCGCUGUCAUAAAGAUGAAGAAGAAAAGUCAGGUUCAGGGAGGCCCCCACAACCCUAACUACGAGAAUCUACAAAAUCCAAGAGACCCUACCAUCCCUGCUUAUCCACCACAAUGGGAUAACCAAUACGCAGUGCCAGUAGACCGAAGAUCUGAAAACACCACAUACAGUGUACCUUUUACUGAACCAGCGUAUGCCGAAGCCAUACCUAAAAGUCAAAGAAAUAGAAACGUAACAGACCCAACGUACGCCGUUUUAGACAUCAAAAAUCAACCUCAAAAGAAUGUUUAUAAAGAAACUGAUGAUCCAAAUUAUUCUGAAGUCUACGCUACUAGGAAAGAACAAUGUUAUGCUGAAGUGUUACCUAAAGUGCUUAGAGAUAAGUUUAAAAAGGAUAAUAAUCCGUAUGUGAAUGUCGGGAACGAAUCUCCUUAUGCAAAUGCGGGUGAACCUAUGUACUGUGAACCUAAUGUGUCACGGGAUAAUGGUACUUAUGCUAAUGUUAAUAAUGGACGUUAUGCUAAUAGCCGACCUAACGAGUAUGUAGAACCAACUUAUUGUGAGCCCCCAAAGCCUAUGGCGAGAGGAAAGAAGAAUAAACGUUAAAAAUAAAAUUUACAUUUUUAAGUUUCGGCAGUUUCACUGGUUACUGUUAAAGUCUCUGAUAGCUUGUCAGGAACUUUAUUAAACGAAAGUUUAGGUCUGCCAGAUAAUUACUGCCAUUUUUUAUGAAAAAAAUUCUAAGUCCCAAAAGCCUUGCACACCCUUUGCUACACUCCAACCGAGGUUUUUGACACAAAAUGUUUUAUAUUUUUAGAUAUUUAGUUGUUAAUUUUAUUUUAUUAUCUGUCUCGUUUUUUAUUUUAUUUUGUUUUUGUAGUGUACCAAUUAAAACAUUUUUCUUUCUUUACUUUAUCUGGCUGAUAUAGCACUAAAUAUCAGAUAAUUGACACUUUAUCAGUAACCAGUGAAAAUGGACCUUUCUCACAUAAGUAGCAUACGUAUAAUCAACUUACGGUUUUACAAAUAUAAAACCCCUUCGUAAGUCACUAAAAGUAAUUUCUAACUUCUUACAAGUUACGGAAGUUAAGUUUAUUUUUAAAGACUAGUUGCUACCCUCGGUUCAUCUACAUAUGUCCCAGGAGACCACUUCCCGCGACCGAGUAAAAAGUAGCCUGUGUUCAUUCUCAAAGUUUACACUCCUUUUGAAUAGGCACCUGGGGCUGCGGGAUUGUUCGCGCGAGUUAUCGCGGCCCUGGUACAUAAAAGGCCUAAGAAGGAACAUGGUGGGUUUAACGGCCAGUUUCUUCAUCAAAAGUUAAAGUU